UGCAGAAGGACCUGCCUGCCUCUCCGAUGGCUGCAUUAGAACCGAGGUUGUCUCCUACGUUCCUGCUGCUGCUCACCUUUCUUGCUCUGCCUUCCCAGCCAAUGAUCAGCGGCCCUGUUGACAGAGUGGAUGCAGGAGCCUUGGCAACUUUCAACUGCCUCGCAUGUAAAUUCCCUUCUCGAGACAUCACAGUCACUUGGACCAAAAAUCGGAACCGGAUUGAAGCUCUCCCAACCACCAUUGCGAAGUAUGACACCACCUACUGCGUCACGAGCACUGCCCAAUUGCCACUCACAGAGAAAGAUAUCAACUCAAGACUCACUUGUCAUAUCAACGACAGCUCCUCAGAAAAGCCCCUGCAGCAGAGUUAUGAUCUCAGAGAUGUCCUACGAGUUGCACCGCAUGUGACAGUGGAAACCAGCCUGUCUUCUCUCAUCCCAUUGAAUCGUUCUGUGAGACUCACCUGCGUAGUGAAUAACUUUUAUCCCAAUGACAUUGUUGUGAUGUGGAUGACAAGGGACAAGGUGAUAAAAAGUGCUAAUUAUGGAACUCCAAAUCAAGAUGGAUCGUUCUCCCUCAACCUUACUUUCAAUAGAACAAAAUCAGAACCAAGCAAGUAUACAUACACCUGCGGAGUGCGUCAUAAUUCUCAAAGUACAGUUUAUGUAGAAAGACUAUUGAACUUUGGGAUGCAACCUAAAGAAAAUGGAAACAUCUGUUUCAUUGAGUCAGGUCUGUUUCUGCUCUCCAACCCUGGUCUCUGGAUAGGGUUUCUUCUCGGCAAGAUUGUGACUGCUCUCCUCCUCUUCUACCUUUUCUUGAGAAAAUCAGCUAGCAGGAUUGCAGGAUUGAGAAAACCAGCUAGCAGGAAUGCAUCAACAGAGGAGCAAAGGGGCUUGGCGGAGUGAUCUGCUGAUGAUUUCUUUGUGCCUCAUAUCGGUGCUACCUCACCAUAACAAGAAAUCAUUACUAAUCGUUAAUUUUAAAUAAUAAAUUGGCAAGGCCCCAUGGAAUGGUUUGUUAGCUGUAACCCAGCUAUUGCACUUCUGCUAACUUUUGUUCUUCUGUUCACACUGCUAGAUUAAAAUUUUGCUGAAAAGCUCUGCGAAACUGUCA